AUGGUGCUGCUUGAUGUGUUUAUACCUCUUGGCUCUGGAUUGAGCGUGUCUAGUGAUUUAGUUGUUUUGAAAAUGUCCUCUCUUUCAGCAAUUUUGGAAGCAGGUAAGCGACUUCAACUUGAAGGCGACCAACUACGAUUGUUCAUUCAAGAGCAGCAAGCCAAGGAAAGAGAUGACCGUGAAAGAGAAAGGGAAGAGAAAAAGAUGCAAAAGCAAAUGGACGAGGAGAGAGAGGCUCGGGCUGACAGGAGAGCAGAAGAAGAACAUAAACGCAAAAUGGAAUUAAUUCGUGCAGAACAGGAGUAUCAAUCUGAAUGGGACAAAUCGGGACGUCGGAGGGAGACCAAUCCUAGAGAUACAAUAAAGAAGGGUUCCAAGUUACCUGCCUUCAAUGAAGAAAAGGACAACAUCGAUGCUUACAUCCAGCGCUUCGAACGGUACGCAACGGUACAGAAUUGGGAACGUGAUGGAUGGGGAGCUAACCUUAGCGCUCUUUUGACGGGUAAUGCGAACUUAAGAAGGCAUUACUGA